CAGAUUUCAGUUCAAAACGAGGCGUCGAGCUGUGCGGUUUAUUAAAAUAAAUUUGACCAAAAAGUGGGAUCCAAGAGAAGCAUAGUCAAAAACAUACAAAACUCUCUCAGUCCAAACACGCACACUCUUUGUUUGAAGCUCUCUCGCGCCACUCUCUCGAAUUGGACGACACGCUCAACACGUGGGCGCGUCUCGAAAAGAAAAUAUAAUCAUUUCGCUUUGGAAACGUGAUUAGUGCGAUAAGUUAUUGUUGUAUCCGAUCCGAAAGAUGUCGCAUCGCGUGUUGGUCAUUGGCAGCGGCGGCCGGGAGCACGCCAUUUGCUGGAAACUGUCGCAGUCCCCAAAGGUGGGCCAGAUCUUUGCCCUGCCUGGUAGCUACGGCAUAAAGCAGGUCGCCAAGUGCCAAAAUCUGGAGGCCAGGACCCUGGAUCCAAAGGAUUUCGAGGGGAUUGCCAUGUGGAGCAAGGAAAACAAGAUCACCCUCGUGGUCGUGGGCCCCGAAGAUCCUUUGGCUCUGGGCUUGGGGGAUGUUUUGCAAAAGGAAGGCGUGGCCUGCUUUGGGCCUGGAAAGCAAGGAGCCCAAAUCGAGGCGGAUAAAAAGUGGGCGAAGGACUUCAUGCUGCGCCAUGGCAUUCCGACGGCACGAUACGAGAGUUUCACCGAUACGGAAAAGGCCAAGGCGUUCAUAAGAAGUGCUUCCUACCAAGCUUUGGUGGUGAAAGCGGCCGGCUUGGCCGCCGGAAAGGGUGUAGUAGUGGCCGCUAAUGUGGACGAAGCCUGCCAAGCCGUCGACGAAAUUCUGGGAGACUUAAAAUAUGGUCAAGCAGGAGCGACGCUUGUGGUUGAGGAGCUGCUGGAGGGCGAGGAGAUAUCCGUUCUGGCCUUCACGGAUGGUAAGAGCGUACGCCCUAUGCUGCCUGCUCAGGAUCACAAGCGCCUAGGCAACGGGGACUCCGGACCGAACACCGGGGGAAUGGGCGCCUACUGCCCAUGCCCGUUGAUCAGUCAGCCGGCCCUGGAACUGGUCCAACGGGCAGUUCUGGAGAGGGCUGUCCAGGGUCUGAUCAAGGAGAGGAUUAACUAUCAGGGGGUCCUUUACGCGGGACUUAUGCUAACACGCGAUGGUCCUCGUGUUUUAGAGUUCAACUGUCGUUUUGGUGACCCAGAGACUCAGGUCAUCCUACCCCUACUCGAAACAGAUCUAUUCGAGGUAAUGGAGGCCUGCUGCAGCGGCCAGCUUGAGAAGCUACCUCUGCAAUGGCGAAGUGGGGUCAGUGCUGUUGGUGUGGUCCUGGCCAGUGCUGGUUAUCCGGAAACCUCUACCAAAGGAUGUGUUAUAACAGGCCUUCCCACUGAAAAUACGCCUACACAACUGAUAUUCCACAGUGGCUUGACCGUGAACCAAAAAAAUGAGUCCCUGACCAAUGGAGGACGUGUCCUGAUCGCUAUUGUCCUGGACGGAAGUCUGAAGGCCGCAGCAGCCAGGGCCACUAAAUUGGCCGGCAGCAUCAGUUUCUCCGGCAAGGGAGCUCAAUACAGAACGGACAUUGCCCAAAAGGCUUUUAAAAUAGCCACAGCCAAUCCCCCGAGCUUGAGCUACAAAGACAGCGGGGUGGACAUUGAUGCAGGGGACGCUCUGGUCCAGCGCAUCAAACCUCUGUCCCGUGGCACUCAGAGACCUGGCGUUCUCGGGGGUCUGGGUGGUUUCGGUGGACUGUUCCGCCUAAAGGAGCUUAGCUACAUGGAACCUGUAAUCGCCGAGGCAACGCAGGGAGUGGGUGCAAAGAUUCAUCUGGCCCUGCAGCAUGAGCUCUACGAGAACGUGGGCUAUGAUCUCUUUGCCUUGACUGCCAACGAUUUGCUAGAGGUGGGAGCCGAGCCAGUGGCGUUCCUGGACUAUAUUGCCUGUGGCAAAUUGCACGUUCCCUUGGCUGCCCAACUGGUCAAGGGAAUGGCCGAGGGAUGCCGGGAUGCGCGGUGCGCUUUAGUAGGUGGCGAAACAGCGGAGAUGCCUUCUCUCUACGCGCCUGGUCAACAUGACAUGGCUGGCUACUGUGUGGGAAUCGUCGAGCAGUCACGGAUUCUUCCCCGUUAUGAUCUUUACCAGCCAGGUGAUCUGCUCGUAGGACUUCCCUCAUCUGGCCUCCAUUGCGCCGGCUUUAACGAGAUACUUACCCAGUUGGUCGCCUUAAAAGUGAAUCUCAAGGAGCUUUCUCCGGUAGAAGGUGGAGAGGACGGCCUUUCGCUAGCUCAAGUCCUUGGUACACCCACCCGGCUGUAUGUGAAGGAGUUGUUGCCACAUCUACAGAAGGGAGAAGAGAUCAAGUCGUUGGUUCAAGUGACACAUGGUCUCAUUAAGGAUGUGCAGCGUCUCUUGCCUGAAGGGUUCGAGACAACGUUGGAUUUCGGUGCGGUUCCAGUGCCGAAGAUCUUUGGCUGGCUGGCGGGAAAGUUGAAGCUUAGUGCCCAGACAUUACUGGAGAAGCACAAUUGUGGCAUAGGAAUGGUGAUGAUCCUCCCACAAACUAGUCAGCUUUGGAGGACAUCCUUGCCGGGAGCCAAGGUAUUAGGUAUCCUACAAAAGGGGACAAAAUCCAGUGGUUCUCCAGUGCAAGUUCGGAACUUUGUGGAGCAAAUAAAAUCUGUAGCCUCGAAAUUCGGAGGUCUCGGUGAACGAAAACUGCCUGAGGAGCUAAAAGAACUGUCGGCGAAGAGCUUCGUGACGGCUCCUCGCUCUGAGUGCUUUGAGAAUGCCGCAGGCCGAAGACUAACUCGCGUUCCCAAUAACUAUAAGGAUCCGAUUCUCAUCCUGGGAACGGACGGCGUUGGAACCAAACUUAAAAUAGCUCAACAAACAAAUAGAAACUCUAGCGUGGGCAUUGAUCUAGUGGCCAUGUGCGUUAACGAUAUUCUCUGCAAUGGAGCCGAGCCCCUCACCUUCUCCAGCUACUAUGCUUGUGGUCAGUGGCAAGAGGAUUUGGCAAAGGAAGUGGAUGCUGGAGUCCAGGAGGGUUCCCGUCAAGCUAAUAGCAGCUUUAUUAGUUCGCACAGUGCAGCGGUACCGCUUCUUUAUGAGCCAAAGGUUUAUGACUUGGCAGGUUUUGCUCUGGGCAUUGCAGAACGCUCAGGAAUCCUGCCUCUCUUGGAUGCCAUUCAACCUGGUGAUGUGCUCAUCGGAUUGCCCUCUUCGGGAGUUCACAGCAACGGCUUUAGUUUGGUCCACGCGGUACUCAAACGCGCUGGUUUAGGACUCACCGACAAGGCGCCUUUCAGUGAAAAAACGCUGGGAGAUGAGCUGCUGGUGCCCACCAAGAUCUAUGUCCAGGCACUGGCCAUCCUUCUUACACGCCCAAAUCACGGUGUGAAGGCGCUGGCGCACAUAACUGGCGGAGGAUUAAGUGAGAAUAUUCCAAGGGUUUUGCGAAAGGAUUUGGCUGUUCGGUUGGAUGCCAACGAGUUUCAAUUGCCGCCCGUAUUUGCGUGGCUGGCCGCAGCCGGAAACAUCAGUUCUACAGAGCUACAACGCACUUACAACUGUGGAUUGGGACUGGUUCUUGUGGUUUCCCCCACCAAGGUCGAGGAUGUUCUUAAAGAGUUAAGGUAUCCGCAACGUGCUGCUAUCGUGGGAGAAGUGAUCGCCCGCAAAGAUCCUAAAAAGCCGCAGGUCGUGGUGGAAAACUUUGACGCUGCAGUGACGAGGACCCAGAAGCUUUUAUCUUUACCAAGGAAGCGAGUCGCUGUGCUUAUCUCGGGUACCGGCAGCAACCUCCAGGCACUCAUUAAUGCCUCACGGGACUCUGCCCAGGGAGUGCACGCGGAGAUUGUUCUGGUGAUUAGCAACAAGCCCGGCGUCCUUGGCCUAGAGCGCGCUGCUAAAGCGGGCAUACCUACACUAGUCAUUUCCCACAAAGACUUCGCCAACCGAGAGGUCUACGAUGCUGAGCUUUCGCGAAAUCUUAAGGCAGCUCGUGUAGACCUCGUUUGUCUUGCCGGAUUUAUGCGAAUCCUCAGCUCUCCAUUCGUCAAGGAAUGGCGUGGCCGUCUCAUCAACAUUCAUCCAUCAUUACUACCCAAAUACCCCGGUCUUCAUGUACAGCAACAAGCUCUGGAAGCGGGCGAAAAGGAGUCUGGCUGCACGGUUCACUUUGUGGAUGAGGGCGUGGAUACUGGCGCUAUUCUCGUCCAGGCUUCGGUACCAAUUUUGCCUGGCGACGAUGAGGAAGCUUUGACGCAGCGCAUCCACAAAGCCGAGCACUGGGCAUAUCCGAGAGCUCUGACACUGCUGGCCAAUGGAUCAGUUCGCCUGAGUCCGGAGGGAAAGUGCAUUGGCAGGGAUGGCCAGUAAAAAUGUUUAGUUCGUAAUAGUUUGUAAAAAGCCCUUCAGGGUUUUGCCCGGAUAUCACAGGGAUGAAUUUUUAUAUAUAUUUUGACAUUUUUAUUUUUUGUAUGAAAUUUUGUUUAAGACUGCACAUGAUUUUUAAAAAAUAUCAAUUAUUUACAAUA